AAAUUAGUCAUACCAAAAAUGUAGCAUUUAUUUUCGUUUCUGCUAUUAGUCUUUGCUAUUUUAAUGUAAUAAGGCACUUCAUUAAUCACCUUUUAUCCCAUUCAAAAUUACGGUAAACGAUACACAUAUCUUCACUUCAUACAAUCUUUGAGCACAUGCAAUUUCCCUUUUCACCACUAGAUGGAGACAAACUAUCAUUGUGUUGCUCCGUUGGGGAAUGCUAUAUGCUAUACUGAACGUGAUAUUGCCCAUACAUUUUACCAGUAAUAUAUUUAUACCACAGCAAAUAAGAUUUUAUAUAGUUGAUCAUCCUAAAAUGUUCCCCAGCUUUGUUUAGCACACUUUGUAGAUACGGCGGAACCUUUGUUCGUUUGGCUCGUCGCUCACUACGGCAGAGUUUGGCGACGGACUGUAUACAAACCAACGUGUUUACAACAAUCCAUACAUUCGUGUAAGGACCUGAUUAAUUUGCUUAUUUUACAUUGAAUAGUGUUAGUCAGUAAACUUGACUCGGGUCAAAAGACGUACAAAACUAUAACCAUUCUUAGAAAAGUCGUGUGUGGUUUCUGAAAGUGCCAACUCCAAGCAUGACCAUCUAAAUGUUAACUGUCAUUGGAACCGGCAGAUUGUGUAAAGCUGCCCGAUCCAGCCUCGUCAAACCACUAGCAAGUUUAUCCAUCAGUUCCAGUGUUAUGGCCAAGAGCAAGUUUGAAUAUGUCCGCAACUUUGAAGCAGAUGACACCUGCCUCAGGAACUGCUACAUUGUGGUUAGGCUUGAUGGUCGCAACUUCCAUAAAUUUGCUGAGCAGCACAAAUUCACAAAACCAAAUGACAACAGAGCACUCGGCCUGUUAACUAGAAGUGCUCGUUCUGUGAUGGAGGAGCUUGAAGAUAUCGUCAUUGCCUAUGGUCAGAGUGAUGAGUUCAGUUUUGUUUUUAAGAGGACAACCAACUGGUUUAAGAGAAGAGCCAGUAAACUCAUGACUCACGUAGCCUCCCAGUUCUCAUCCUCGUAUGUGUUUUAUUGGAAAGAGUUUUUUGGGGAACAGCCACUCUUGUAUCCUCCGGGCUUUGAUGGGCGUGUUGUCCUGUAUCCUAGUAACCGCAACCUCAGAGACUAUUUGAGCUGGAGGCAGGCUGAUUGUCACAUAAAUAAUUUGUACAACACAGUCUUUUGGACAUUGGUGCAGAAAGGAGGAUUAACAACAGCACAAGCUGAGGAGCGCUUAAAGGGAACAUUAGCUGCGGACAAAAAUGAAAUCCUGUUUUCGGAGUUUGAUAUAAACUACAACAAUGAGUCUCUUCUUCACAGAAAAGGAACUACUCUUAUUUGGGAAAAGCAUGAUGAAACUGUCACUAAACGCAUGAAACUUCCUAAUCAGGAGGAGAAAGAUGUGAAUGUGACACGGAGCAGGAAGAGGGUCCAGGCUUAUCACUGUGACAUCAUUGGGGACCAGUUUUGGGAGGAGCACCGGGACAUUUUAGAGGACGACAGCUAAUGGCCUCUGUCAUGGUGUGAAGGAUAAAAACAUAAUACGGCUUAAGUGGAUCCAUUCAGACAAGACUGUCAUGGUAUAUAGCUGAUUGAUAUGGAAUAAUGACUAAGAGGAUUUUCCCACAAGGACUGGACUUUAAAUAACUAAAUAUUCCCAUGGUUUCUCAUGACUAAAAGUUGUAGUUAAAUAUAUCCCAUUUCAUUAUAUAGUUUUAUAGUUUUUUUAUUCAUAUCUUUUACUGUUGAAAUAAAUCAUUUACUCCAAAUAAUAACA